GCACUGUCAGUCUGGCGUCUGUUGCCGUCAUGUGAAGAUGGCUCUUGUGAUCGCGGUCGUGGCGGCGCUCCUCGCCUGUGCGUGUGCUACCCUCGAGCCGGACUGUGACUGGGAGCGCGUACUCAGUGGUGGUGACGAUCCUCAAGUUGAAGUUCUCCUGCAGUGUCGGUUGCGGACUAUCGGGAACGCGGAUAGUGUCCUGUCGAACUUGACUUCGGCUCAGUUGGAUAUGAUAACGUCUCUCAAACUGGAGUGCAGUGAUGUGUUAUUCUUCGAGAGUUCGCUGGAAAGUAAUAGUUACUUGACACAACUCAGAAGAUUACGCGAGUUGAAGUUAGAAUUCUGUAAGAUAAGGUUUGUUCCGCCGGCUGUGUUGAGUGUAUCUAAGGAGCUGAGGAACUUGACACUGAGAACUCACAAUACCGACUGGUCAGCCAUGGCUAUGGAGUUUCAUUCGGACAGUUUCAGAGGUUUGACACAAUUAAAAUAUCUAGAUCUAUCGGAUAAUAACAUCUGGUCAUUUCCUAAAGAACUUUUUUGUCCUCUGUAUACGAUGACGAGUCUUAAUUUAUCUAAGAACAGAAUACAGGAAGUAAUAGAAUUAGGAUUUUCCGAUUGGGGUGCAGGUCCUAGAGCACCUGGAAAAACUUGUAAUGUAGGUCUUGAAGAACUGGAUUUAUCUAUGAAUGACAUUUCUGCAAUUCCGGACAACGGUUUCACUAGUCUACGUUCGUUACAGACUAUGCUUCUGCAAGAGAACGCGAUAGCUUCGAUGGCCGAUAGAGCAUUUGUAGGGUUAGUCGCCCUUCAGGUUCUUAACGCCUCGAGCAAUCAACUUGUUGCUCUCCCCCCUGAACUGUUUCAGUCCACCAGAGAUUUGAGAGAAAUUUACCUACAUAACAAUUCCAUCAGUGUGUUAGCUCCCGGAUUGUUGGAAGGCUUGGACCAGCUGUUGGUGCUAGAUUUGUCUUAUAACGAGUUGACCAGCUCUUGGGUCAACAGAGACACGUUCUCCGGUCUAGUUCGGCUGGUCGUGCUCAACCUUGGCCACAACCAGAUAUCUCGUAUUGAUACCCACGUGUUCCAAGACUUGUACACCUUGCAGAUAUUGAAUUUAGAGUAUAAUGAAAUAGACACUAUCGCUGAAGGUGCCUUUUUAACAUUGAGUAAUCUCCAUGCACUGACGUUGUCCCAUAACAAUUUGUUGAAAAUCGAACCCUUUUAUUUCUCUGGACUAUAUGUUGUUAAUCAGUUAUUUUUGGAUCACAAUCACGUCACUGAGAUCGACCACCGUGCCUUCGAAAACUGCACCAACCUGAAAGAUUUGGGACUGAGUUCGAAUUCUCUAACACGUAUUCCAGAAGCUAUAAAACUAAUUGGUUUAUUAAAAUCUUUAGACUUGGGAAGAAACAAAAUAAAGAAUGUAGAAAAUUCGUCUUUUCAAGCUUUAGAUCAUCUAUUCAGCAUCACUCUAAUUGAAAAUGAACUAAUAAAUAUAACCAAAGAUUCUUUUUCAACUUUGCCAUCUCUACAGAUACUAAAUCUAGCUCAGAACAAAAUCAAGCAUGUAGAUAAGGGUGCUUUCGGCGCUAACACAGCACUGCACGCGAUCCGUUUGGACGGCAACCAGCUUAAAGACAUUAACGGAAUGUUCGUUAACUUGCCCAGUUUACGCUGGUUGAAUGUGUCGGAUAACCAAUUACAGUGGUUCGAUUACGCUUUGAUCCCUCAGAGUUUAGAGUGGCUCGACAUGCACCAGAAUAACGUAGCCGAUUUGGGCAACUAUUACGAGAAACGUGACAACUUGCAGGUAAAAAUGCUGGAUGCUAGUUUCAAUAGACUGACAGAGAUAGGUGAUACAUCUAUACCUGAUAGUGUGGAAAGUGUGUUUUUAAAUGACAAUCUCAUACGUAAAGUGAAGCCCAAUACAUUUUUGAGGAAAGCUAAUCUUAGUAGAGUGGUGUUGUUUGCCAAUAAGAUUCAGAAUAUCGAUAUUGCCGCACUCGCUCUAGACACGUUCCCUGAGGAGAAGGAGCUGCCCCAGUUCUACAUCGGCAACAAUCCCAUCCACUGUGAUUGCACCAUGGAGUGGCUUCAGAGGAUCAACCAGCUGAGUCACCUACGGCGACACCCCCGAGUCAUGGACCUCGACUCCGUUACUUGUCAACUCACACAUUCGCGUGGCAGCCCUACCAAACCCUUGCUGGACCUUAAACCCUCACAGUUUCUCUGUCCCUACGAGGCACAUUGCUUCGCCCUGUGUCACUGCUGCGACUUCGACGCCUGCGACUGCGAGAUGACCUGUCCCACAAACUGUACCUGCUACCACGACCAUACAUGGUCCGCUAACGUAGUCGACUGCUCCAACGUCGGUUACCGCUCCGUACCCACCAAGAUACCCAUGGACGCAACGGAGAUCUACUUGGACGGCAACGACCUGGGUGAGUUGGGAAGUCACGUCUUUAUCGGCAAGAAGAAGUUGGAAGUGUUGUAUCUCAAUAACAGUAACGUGAACUCCAUUCACAACAGAACAUUUAAUGGUGUAACAUCCUUGAAAGUGUUACACAUGGAGAAUAACCAUUUACAGGAACUGAGGGGAUUUGAAUUUGAUCAGUUAGAAAAUUUAAAUGAAUUGUAUUUAGACCAUAAUGACAUAAAGCAUUUAGGUAACUCCACGUUUAAAACGAUGAAAACAUUAGAAAUUUUAAAAUUGGAAGCUAAUAAUAUUGUGAACUUUUCUCCUUGGACACAAUUAAAUUCAGAAACGUUAGCGGAGUUGUCGUUAGAAGGUAACACGUGGACUUGUAACUGUAACUCGAUAGGUCAUAUGGAAGCGUGGUUGAGGGACAACGCUGACGCUCUAAAUGUCGACAAACUGCUGUGUGCUGAAGGCAAGGAGACGUUGUACGACGCAAUCAAGAGGUGUGGUGAGAGCAGGGACUCAGCGGCAGCCACGUCAGUGGUCCAGCGGAGCCCUUUCAACCCUACCAUCCUGGGAGCAGACUACAUCCCUUUUGUGGCCGCCAGUCUAGUCAUCUUCAUCGUCAUUUUCCUGGUGACCACACUGGGGUUCAUCUUCCGACACGACGUGAGCUUGUGGGCCCACUCCCGAUACGGCAUCCGCAUUUUCAGCGACUCGUCUAGUGACGCAGAGGACGACCGUCUCUACGACGCCUACACCGUGUACAGUGUCAAGGACGAGGAGUUCGUGAGCCAAGUGAUAGCCUCUAGUCUAGAACGUUCGGGGUAUUCUCUCUGUCUGCACUAUCGAGACCUUCACGUCAUGAACCCGUCGUACCUCACAGACAGCGUGUUGGGGGCCUCUGACGCCGCCAAGAGAAUCAUCAUAGUGUUGUCGCUCAGUUUCCUGCAGAACGAGUGGGACCGACCGGCGUUCCGCGCGGCGCUACAAGCUUGUCUAGAGAGGACCCGAGCGCGCCGUAGCAAAGUUCUGCUCCUGCUGACAACCGACAUCGGGCCCGACCCGGAGCUGCAACUGUUGCUGAAGGCCUGCAGAGUCAUCUCUUGGGGCGAGAAGAGGUUCUGGGAAAAGCUGCGGUACGCGAUGCCCGAUGUGCGCCGCAAGCCUGCGCCGCACCCCCAGAAGGCUCUGUGCGACGGGGGCAAGGUAUCGAGCGCUCGGUACACCGCGACGCCGACCGCGCUAGAAACGUGGUACCGUAUGUCGCCGGCCUCCAUGACGCAAAGCUCGGCGCCCACCCAGUCUACCUGUGUCAGUGAAGAGAGCUCUCAGCGUACCACGGAUGAGGAGGAAGAUCCCCACAGCUAUGUCAGUAUAGACUACCAGCAGAGGCACAAUAAGGUGCACCACCACGUCUAUAGCUGCAUCCCGGACCCGGCGUACAACAACCAAGGCAGGACCUACUUCGUCUAAUUCAGAUACUACUGGGGCGGACGCAGUAGCACUCCUGGCGACCCUUGGACCACUUGUGAUCAUAGACUUAUUGUGAUUUAUCCUUAUAUUAGUGUGUAAAUUGUUAAUAUUCUCGAUCUGUACAUAGACACUGGGGACUAGACACUAGCUGUUUAUUUAUUGUAACCAGUCUUAGACUAGCUCGCAGAUAUUUUGCACCUCAUAUUAUACUUAACCUAAUAUACGUAAGAUGCGUGUUUACUUGCGGCUAUCUCUCGAUUAGACUUACCCUUGAAUGUUUUGUAUCCGUGGUUGGUUGGGAAGGAGAGGGCUGAAACCUUCAAGCUUGCAAGACUGAUCGGCCUUACACUUGUCACUCUACUUGCCUUCUUAAUUGGGAAUUUUAUUUUUGAACGCUCACGACGUAUGGUGCAUUGUUCUCUAAUGUUUCAUGUAGAUUGUUCCUAUACUGAUAACGUAACUGUGAAGACUUACGGAAGUCGAUAUGCUCGCUCGAACUACGUUCAUUUUUUGUUCUUGUCCUCUUAGUUAGGUUUUAGAUAAUAUGUAUAUAGAAAGGCCAAAACUAUCUUUUAGACAUGUGAUACUUUUCUUGAUUAGGGUCGCAGUUACUUAGACACAGUUUAACUAUUUAAGUUUAACCAAUUCUAUUAUGUCAGUUCGUUUAGCCGUUUUGUAAAUUUCUAUUGUCGUUGUCUUUGUUUGAUGUAAAAGUUUGGUGCAUUUUGUUAAAUAAAACUACAAGAUAUUAAGUUAAUACGUAAUUUUAAUUUUGUAUUAAAUGGGCUACUUAUAUAUUAGUGAAGGUUAUAAAUGGAUUUGAUAUUGACCAAAUUUAUUUUCAUUAUUGUAUUGUAUAAUCUUUCGUUAUAAUUCAGUUCGGUGUUUAUUUUAUACCAUUCAUACAACUAUUAUGGCAAACUUGUACUGUAAAUAUAAGUGCUAGCUAGCUAUUUUAUUUCAUUGUUGUUUAUUGAAUAGCUAAUUGUUUGUUUUGUAACAAGCUAGUCAAGAAUCAAAAUGUCGUUUUUGUAAUUGGCAGAUAUUUACAUAUUCUUGUUCUUUUGAAGAAAACAUUACAGUUUUAAUUUAUGUGUGUCAUAUUUAAGUAAAAUUAGAUUUUUGUUGACACUUACGCUUGAUUAUGGUUAGACUUAAAUUACACAUACAUAAAACGUUUUAGUCCACCAAAAUCUAUGACAAUAUCUCCACUGCAUUUAAUUUUAUUUAGUCAUUUUUGCUUAUUUAUUGUUGUUAUUGAUAAUUACAAAUAGUUUCUCAUUGAUGAUGUUUAUGUAGUCUGAAAAGACAAAAUCUGUAUAUAUGAAACUGGUCUGCUUCCACCAGGGACAGACAAAAAUUUAAUAAAUAAACUAUGCAAAAUUUUACCACUAUGUUCGGCUUAUGUAAUUUAUUGUAUAUUGCUUCUGUAUAUAAACAUAGAUUAUACACGAGUGACUUGAACAACAUAUUUUGUAUUGAAAUAAACUAUUGUUGUACUAUAUAUAA